AUGCAAGAAGAUCGAUUGGAACUAAUUCCACGCAGCGAUUGGGAAGAGUGGCGCGAUUUGUACAAACGAGACUGGCCACGCCAUGAGCUAGCUUAUAAUACGGUGCAAAAUUACAUCAACUGGUCCAAACGCGACCGUAAAAUUAAAGACUUGGUGAUUUACAGCCUGAAUGGAAGUUGGCGGGAAAAUGGAACGUACGUUAUUAUUGAUCGUAUUGAUCUGUAUAUGUACACGAUGGAAGAGUCUUUGGUUAGCUUACGCCGUGCACUGGAGCUAGUGGACUGGGAUUACUAUUACGUUGCCGUGAUGUGUGAAUAUGAAACUCUUCUCUUCGACGUUUUCAAGCAACUCAACGUGCAGCUGUGCAUUGCGAGACCAAAUUACAUCUACUAUCUAUCCAAGGAUGAAGCACAUGCACUGACUGUAACCCUUCCGGAAGGAUUACGGCUCGCUUCGCUCAAACCGGAAAAUGCUCAUACUAUCAACGAUCAUUGGCCUCACCGGGAAACAGGAUCAGAAUUUUCGCUUGAACGUUUGAUAUGCUGGAACCCUUCGAUUGGGUUGUACGAUUCUUCCGAUAAUUUACUCGGUUGGUGUGUUCUCACGCAGAUGGGCGUUAUUGGAUCGCUCGGUGUUAUCGAAAAGCGCAAGGGAUACGGAAAGCUUGUGUUGAAAGGAAUAGUAAAAAAACUGGCCGAAAUGGGGUUAAGCUCGUAUGCUAGCAUUCUGGUUAAUAAUGAACCUUCCAAGGCUCUAUUUGAAAGCGUUGGUUUUAAGCUUAUAAAACGAGUCAAUUGGAUUCGAAACUGUGAGAGAAAGCUUGUAGAAUGGAAGUCAGGAGCGACGAUUGUAAUGGAGUAGCACCGCGAGCAACAUUGAAAUGACAUUGAAAGAUUACAAUAAACUAAU